GCACAGAAACUAAGCAAGAGUACUAGCUAGUGCUUAUAACUUCGUUCAUUAAAACAUCUUAUCAUAUGUUAAAUUGAUAUUACUUGUUGAUGAUGGAGCAAAAUUAAGAGCGAAAACAGAAAGCUUUUAUCUUAGCUUCAAGAAUCUACUAACCUCUUCGUAAGGAGAAUAGCUUAAUUGAUCAUUUGAUCCUCACUUGUUGUGGAGAUUCUGUGGAGUUAUGGGUGAACACUUUGUAUUGUUGGUGGAUCGAUUGCUCACCGAAUCCACAUUAGAGGCAAUCGAGAACAGAAACAGGUCGAUGCAAGCCACAUCCUCAGCAGUCGAAAAUCCGAAACUUGAUUAUUCAAAUGCGCUGAAGAUAGAUUAUGAGGAUAUUGUAUUGUCUCCUAGGAAAAUAGUAGAAUGCAGAAUAUGUCAGGACGAGGAUGAAGAUUCAAACAUGGAGACGCCUUGUUCUUGCUGUGGCAGCUUAAAGUAUGCUCACCGCAGAUGCGUACAGAGAUGGUGUAAUGAGAAAGGCGAUACAUUGUGUGAGAUAUGCCACCAACAAUUCAAGCCUGGUUAUACAGCUCCUCCUCCAUUGUUUCAAUUCGGGCGCAUACCUAUGGACUUCAGGGGGAACUGGGAAGUGUCAAGAAGGGGCAGUCCACGUAUUAUAAUGGUUUCAACUGAUCGUGAGUUCCUGAAUCCUCAUGAGUAUGAUGAGUAUUCUGCUUCUACUGCAAGAAGUCUGACAUGGUGUCGAUCAGUCGCGUUCAUUUUCAUGGUUCUGCUGAUUUUAAGGCAUACUCUUCCUCUCAUAGUUAAUGACUACUCCUUCCCACUUGUUAUGUUAUUGGUUUUAAGAACUUUUGCGAUAGUUCUGCCAAUCUAUAUAAUGGUGAGGCUAGUGACUGCUAUGCAUCGACGCCGGAGUCCACAAGUUCAGGAUCUUUCCAGUUCGUCGAUGACUUCCUCCGACGAUGAAGAAACAGAACCUUCUUCAGUCCUGCAGCCUCAGACUCAUAUCAUUCGAAUAGAAACAGAAGAUUAAAGCAACUCCUCCGCAAGAAUCUGGUCGUGGUGUAACGACGAGGAGAAGAUGAAAAAAGAAAGCUGGCCAGCAAUGCUUAGUUGCUGUUAGAGGGUGGAAUUAUGAUUGUUAUCUCCUUUAUCAUCAUAGAAAGAUAGAACACUAGUGAAAAGUAGAACAACACUGUCGGAACAGUGGACUCCAUUGUGAACCCCAUCAUCUGUACAGUUUGUAAAGAAACCUACCUUGUAUAUAAUACACAGAAAAUUAUACUGA